UCUUCUUUCUUUUGUGUCACGGUUUUAGUUUACUCUUGAGUCUCUCUUUCCAUACCACAAGCACAAGAGCAUCUUUUUAUUGUUUCCUCAUGUAAUAAAUUCACAAGGCUCACAUUUUGCCAAGUCCUCAACAAUUUUUUCUCCUUUUUUCUUCACGGAUUUAUAAACAAUAAAUUCGCAGUAAUCUUUUUAUUCGAAUGAAUCUUUGAACAUAUUUCCUAAAAACCCGGCAAGAAAAAAUUCUGAAUUUUUCUCAUUAAUUCUCCCAAAAAUACAACUUUUCUUCUUCCUCUGUUUCUUCUUCUUCUUCUCUUACUGUUCUGUCUUGGUCGAUUUGGAACAAUAAAGCUUUGUCUUUUACCUCUUUUAAAAGGAAGAGUAGUUAUAUCUUCUUCUUGACACUCUCAUGGCUACAAUAAACGAUAUUGGAGUAGCAGCAGCAAUCAAUAUAGUGACAGCAUUAGCUUUUCUCUUAGCUUUUGCUAUAUUCAGGAUUCAACCAGUAAAUGACAGAGUCUAUUUCCCUAAAUGGUAUCUCAAGGGCUUAAGAAGUAGUUCUAUACAAACUGGUGGCUUUGGUAGCAAAUUCAUCAACUUGGACUUCAGAUCCUAUAUUCGUUUCCUUAAUUGGAUGCCUGAAGCACUUAAAAUGCCAGAACCUGAGCUCGUCGAUCACGCUGGACUCGAUUCUGUUGUCUACUUGAGGAUCUACUUACUCGGGCUCAAGAUCUUUUUCCCUAUAGCUUGUGUUGCUUUUACGGCAAUGGUUCCUGUUAAUUGGACAAACAAGGGAUUGGAUCGGUUAAGACAUUCUAAUAUAAGUUUCAGUGAUAUUGAUAAACUCUCUUUAUCAAAUAUACCAAAUGGCUCACCUAGAUUUUGGGUGCAUUUGUGUAUGGCUUAUGCUAUCACUUUCUGGACAUGCUUUAUCCUGAAAAGAGAGUACCAGAAUAUAGCUUUAAUGAGACUACAGUUUCUUGCAAAUGAUCAAAGGAGACCUAACCAGUUCACUGUGCUGGUAAGAAACAUUCCUUCAGAUCCUCAUGAAUCAAUAUGUGAACUUGUUGAACAUUUCUUCAAAGUCAACCAUCCAGAUCACUACCUCACUUUCCAGGCAGUCCACGAUGCAACAAAACUCUCAGAAUUGGUUCUGACGAGGAAACAAAUGCAGAAUCUGCUUGAUUACAAUAUAAACAAACACAUGAGGAAUCAAUCUAACAGGCCAGUAAUAAAGAUGGGAUUUCUUGGCUGCUGUGGUGAAGAAGCUGAUGGAAUCAAGUAUUACACGUCCGUCGUCGAGGGUCUCACAAGAGAAAUAGCUGAGGAGAAACAGAGGUUAAGGACCGGCACAAAGUCCAUAGUGCCUGCAGCUUUUGUAUCUUUCAAGAGCCGUUGGGGAGCAGCGGUUUGUGCUCAAACUCAACAGACAAGAAACCCAACAGAAUGGCUAACCGAGUGGGCUGCAGAGCCACGUGACAUUUACUAUGACAAUCUGGCAUUGCCAUAUGUUGACCUUAAGAUAAGGAGGCUCAUAGUCGGCGUCGCAUACUUCUUCCUCACCUUCUUCUUCAUGAUACCAAUAGCAUUUGUACAGUCACUUGCCAACAUCGAAGGCAUAGAGAAGGCUUUUCCUUUCUUGAAGCCCCUUAUAGAAGUGAAAUUGUUAAAGUCGAUCAUCCAAGGUUUCCUUCCCGGAAUCGCUUUGAAGAUCUUCCUCCUUUUCCUCCCAAGAAUACUGAUGCAAAUGUCCAAAUUUGAAGGUUUUGUCAGCACAUCCUCAUUAGAAAGAAGAGCCGCAACUAGAUUCUACAUGUUCCAAUUCAUCAAUGUUUUCCUCGGAAGCAUAGUCACCGGGACUGCGUUUCAACAGCUCAAUAGUUUCCUUAACCAGUCUGCAAACGAUAUCCCAAAAACAAUUGGUGUCUCGAUUCCAAUGAAAGCAACCUUCUUUAUAACAUACAUAAUGGUUGAUGGAUGGGCUGGUGUUGCUGGGGAGAUAUUGAGGUUGAAGCCACUCAUAAUCUAUCAUCUAAAGAACUCCUUCCUCGUGAGAACCGAGAAAGAUAGGGAAGAAGCUACUGAUCCUGGAACCAUAGGAUUCAACACUGGUGAGCCUCAAAUACAACUCUACUUCCUUCUUGGUCUUGUUUACGCAGCAGUUAGCCCCAUCCUUCUCCCCUUUAUCCUCGUCUUCUUCGGCCUGGCUUUCGUAGUGUACCGUCAUCAGGUUAUAAAUGUGUAUAAUCAAAAGUAUGAAAGUGCAGGGAAGUUCUGGCCUGACGUUCACAGGCGUGUUGUGACCGCACUGGUUGUUUCGCAGCUGCUCUUGAUGGGUCUUCUAAGCACCAAACACGCUUCUAAGUCCACUCCAUUUCUGCUUGUGCUUCCGCUGCUGACCAUCGGGUUCCACAUGCAUUGCAAAAAUCGUUACCAACCUGCUUUUGUAACAUACCCGUUACAGGAAGCUAUGAUCAAAGAUACACUGGACCGCAUACGUGAGCCAAACUUUAACCUCAAGGCUUUCCUUCGAGAUGCGUACGCCCACCCAGAGUUCAGGGUUGGAGAAGAUCCAGAGCCCGAGGAGAAGCUGGAGUCUGAUAUGUCACCACCGGAAUUAGUGGCCACAAAGCGUGGCUCAUGGAGGAAUACUCCUCUGCCUAGCAAACAAAGCUGCCGUGAUAUACCCUAAUCAUUUUGCUCUGUUCUACCUUAAAUGGUGAUUCUUUUAUAUUCUUAAACAAGUUUUCCCCUCAGUAGAAGAAAUGCACAUAUACGAUUGUAUUAUAUGCAAGAAAAAGAAAAAAAAAAACAUUAGAAAAGCAUACUAGAAGUUACUGUUAGAACUGUAUCAUAUGAUUUGUUAGUAGACGAUAUAUCGAAAUGUUAAAAGUUCAAGCAUCA